GAUUUGAAGUUGUGAGGAGUGUUUCCAUCUGAAAUUUGGCCACAGAACGGACCAAAUGUCAUCCCUUCAGCCAUUCAGGUCUAUGCUCACCGGGGAACAUCAUUGAGCGCGCUCGUCCUCCCUAUUGCAGGGAGAACUUGAAGCUUAACGAGGGGAAGAAGAACGCCGGCCAAGAAUGUAGCUCUCCUAGUCCGUUUCGAAUCCAAGAGCAUUCAGUAGUCCAUUGACAGUCGCCCAACUCAAUGCUUAACCUGAGUGUUUUUGGACUGUCAUCGUUUCUUACCAUCGACGGGAGUCUUAGUGUUCAUAGUAGAGCAGUGAUUUUUCCAUUCAAUAUUGUUUGCUGGGCGUCCACCUCUUGCCUUAAGACAUGAUUUCGAGCAUUCGAAACCUUUGACAAUCAGUGCGAGUGAACGGCCAAAUAGUUGUCUGGGACUGUCCGUUAGCAGAGUGCUUGUUAAUUUCGUGCUUGAUAAAGAGUUGUAAAUCCGUCGAGAAAUUGUAAAGACAAACACACGAUCGUGAGCGGUGUAGUGACCAAAUCUACAAGAAUAACACACAAACGUCUGAUAAAAACGCACCCACACUCACAGCAUCGCGAAAGGCACAGCAGUAUGAGCUGAAUCCAUGGGCAACUUGGCGUAAAUUCUGGCUUUUCUUGCAUCAAUCCGAGGUGUUGGAACUACUACAAAAUGUCCGCUCAAAGGAUAAUCGUUUUAUCUCUCUUGGCCGUGGCGCUCGUGCAUGGAAACGCCAUCAAAGGACCACCCUUAGCUGAUCCGAAAGAGGUGCAGAACGUGGUCAGACUUGGAGAGGAUACCAAGAUCGUGUGUCCCAUCUCCGGAUAUCCUCGUCUCAUCAUCUCGUGGAGCAAAGGCAACGACGACGUCAUGGAGUACUCGUGGACACGCUUUCGACGUAACAAAAAAUCCCUGAAAAUCAAAGAUGUGGAGCUGGGGGAUGCUGGCACGUAUGUGUGCAAGGGAACCAAUGGUUUCGGCUCGGAUGAGGCGAAAAUCAAACUGAUCGUCAUCGAUCCGGCCGAUUUUCCAAGUUUGGAUAAAGGAGAACUUCCAGAUGUGUCUCUGCCUUCGUUUACAGAAGAUACCCUGUCUAGGGCCUCUUCCUAUAUCUUUGAAACCAACGAUCGCAUCCACAUUCCAUGUAGGGCAAAUGGCAAACCAGAGCCCAAGGUCCAAUGGCUGCGUUACAGGACCGAGUUUCAGGGCCCUGAACCCUUGAACCAUCACUCCGGCAUGGCAUCCUUGAACAUCAAUAACGCCAAGCAGAGUCAUGAAGGGAUCUACGGGUGCAUUGCCCGAAACCGAUUCGGUGAAGUGGCCCGUAAUUUCACGAUUGAGGUCGAGGAGCCGGACUUGGUGCUGUCGAAUGGGUUCAAAAACUACACUGUCGAGGAGGGCGAACCCGCAGCUUUGGAAUGCAAAGUGGAGGGCUCGAGCUCGUUCAAGUUGAGUUGGCUCAAGAAGUACAGAGGGCCUGAGGUGCGGUCAGACAUCAUUGACGUUGGAGAUCAGAAGUUCAUACGGAUCCAAAAUCACUCCAAGAGCACCUUGAAUAGUGGGAACAACGAAUAUAUCAAUACCCUUCUGAUACCCAAUGCCCACGAGAGUGAUGCCGGCAUGUAUGUCUGCGUGACAGAGAGCCAAACUGGCUUCGGCUUCAAGAAUUACCUUUUGAGCGUCACUAAACUCCGACCGACCGAUUCCGUGGAGAUUGCGCCUCUGCUGAUCGCGGUGAUUUGUGUCUCAGUGGUGGCAUUCUUCAUUCUCAUGCUCAUUUUGAUCCGCGUAUUCCGAAACAGGCCGAAGAAGCCCCUCGUUUCCGAAACCCCGGAUGUGCAAGAGAAUCUCAUGAGACAGCAACAGCAACGACGACAACAACAACAACAACAACAACAGCAGGAACAUCAACAGGAACAAAAGUCUCAACAGCAGCAGCCACAGCAGCAGCCACAGCAGCGGCAACCAAUACAUAUGCAGCAACAGACUCAGGCUCAACAUCUGCUACACUUGACCCAGGCACCCAGGGACCUCCGGGCCAUUCCCAAUCAGUAUCACAUUAAACAGACACAACAACAAUACCAGGCCAACGUGAAUAACAACCGUAAUAUGAAUAUCCACCUCAACAAACUAGAUCAGCCUCUUCCACCCCCACCGCCUCCUCCGUCGCUCCAUAACGAGGGGAGUUCCUCGUCCAACAACCCUCAAUGGGCCAUCUAUCCACCGACCAACAGCCUGUUGAACUACACGGACUCUUCAGUCUAUAAUGGCAGCAGUCUGUACGGCGGGAAUGGUGGGGGUCCGCCUCAAAAUGAGUACGAAGUGCCUCACGUGAAUUCUAUGAUGGGCAUGAGGAACAAAAAUCAGGCCCUGGGUGCCCCGGCUAGUCUCCACUCCGGUGGUUAUGGGAACAACCCCAAAAGUGCCCAUCAGCCGAUUUAUCCAUACCGGAGUCAGCAGUAUGGAUUCUAUGACGACUAAGUGACUAGGUUGCAUCCCUGGGGCCCCGUGUUCUUCACACAAGGCUGGACAAUGCAAUUGAAGCCAUUGGAGGUUGAAGAUCAUCAUAAUUGAAAAUCUAGUCGAGAAAAAAAACUGAAAUUCAUUGGCUUCUGAACAAAAGCGCAGUGCUCCUUGGCUCCCAAAUUCAUUCUGAACAAGAUACCUUUACGGAUUCGAUCCAACUACCAUCUGAUGACUCUUCUCAUCGGACAAGUUGUUCAUCAUGCAAAUUAGAUAUUUCUUAAUAAACAUAAGUGUCUAUGGAAA